AUGGAGUACUUAAGCAGAAACUUGAAGACUUUGAAGCAGGAAAAAAUAUUCCAUUAUCAUCCUAUGUGUUCAAGGCUGGAUAUAACUCACUUAAGUUUUGUGGAUGAUCUCUUACUUUUUGUAAGAGGAGAUGCUACAUCUGUUGAACUGAUGCAUGUCAGAUUUCAUACCUUCUCAGUAACAUCUGGGCUUAAAGCUAACCUAGCCAAAAGCUCUAUUUACUAUGGAGGAGUCAGCCUGGAGGUGCAGCAAGAGAUACAACAAAAUCUUGGAUAUAGUCAAGGUUCCCCCCCUUUCAGAUAUCUAGGCAUAACUCUUGACACAAAGAAGCUCUCAGUAAUGCAAUGGGAGCCACUUAUUGAUAAAAUAGUGGCUAGAAUAUCAUCUUGGACAACAAAUAAGCUAUCAUAUGCAGCAAUCACAAAAGCAUGCUGGGAAUUGACAAACAAGAAAGAUAAGUUGUGGAUCAAAUGGAUCCAUAGCGACUACAUCAAGGAUCAAAUCUUUGCCAACAUGGAAGCAUCAAAGCAGGCAUCUUGGAUGAUAAGGAAAUUAUUUGGAACAAAAGGUAAUAUGGAUAGCAUCAGCAGCAGCCAUGGUAAUCAAGGGACAAUAAUCAAGCAAGUUUACCUAAAAUUGUUAGGAGAGCUUCCCAAAGUCACAUGGAAAGGAUUAAUGUAUCAGAAUCAAGAGCGACCAAAAGCAACUUUCAUAAUGUGGGUACAACUGCAUGGAAGAUUACUCACUGCUGACAGAUUGAAGAACUGA